AUGGGAAAACCAUGGAAAGCAAACAGUGGAAAUGGCAAGUGGGCCUACUGGUCUGGCUCGUGGGCGGCGGCCUCUCCGAAGCACAGAGGACAAGCCCCCUGGCACAGCUGGAAGUCCGAUGGCAACCAGAACACCGGCAAGGAGCAACCCUUCCCGACGUAUACCAAGAUGGCGAUUGCCGGAGCCUCUGGAAACCAAGAUGCCCAAGCGAGCUCACUUGGUGGUGCGGGGACAGACGACUUCAUCAAGCACUUGCAGAAGGCCAUCAACGAUUCUCGCAAGUUGACGAGCAAGCUCCAAAAGCUCAGCCAGGACAGACAGAUGAAGACCAGCCAGUGGGAUGCCUUUCAGGCCGAGCUACGGAAGAACUUCAUCUCACAGAAGAAGGCCUUCGAAGCAGACAUGGCCAAGAUAGAGCGGGAGUAUGUGGAGGCAGAAAGACAGAGAGAUACGGCGAUGAUCAACAUACGUACCUUGGCCAGUCAUGGCAAAACCAUCGAAGCCAAGCCAGAACCGACAGUAACAGCCGAAGAGGCGGCGGCCUGGAGAGAUCUGCUCACUCUGUCACAGAUGGAAGAAGAGGAUGUCAGCGAGGCGGAGGUGGCACGAAUGCUACAGAGUUCCACGGGAUUGUCGUGGGAAGAGAAGAUGCAGCGCCUGGUGGGAAACCUUGGGGAGAGAUCCAGCGUGGGGGAGUCUUCGGCGAGGACUCCACAAGUGGAUGCUUCCUCUCUGCAUCUUGCCGGACAUGGUUUUGCCACCCCAGACCGCAGGACAACCCGAGUGCCACAGAUGACGCCGGCCGCAGCCAAGAAGCCAGGCCCGACAGAGCAGGAUCUGGCAACAGCAGCUGCAGUUUCGAAGUAUGUCUCCACCUCCCCGACAGUGGCAGCCAGCGAUCCCUAUCAGGGAGAUGCUGCGACUCACUUGCAUGUUGGUGGGAUGACGGCAGAGCCUUCUGGGCUCCACAAUCCCACUUACGGUCCUCUAGGUCGGCGAUCCCCACACUCGGGCAGAAAGAAGGAUCUUCCCACUGGCCGUGUUACUGGUCCACCCGAUGCCCCGAGAGCCUCUGUCAAGGCUGCGUCAAUGCAGUUCUCGCCCACGCGGACGGCUGGAGGCAUCGACCUAGCGGCCAAGCUGGAUGCACGUCGGCAGGCUUUGGACCCAAAUGGGCUGGUUUCGCAACCUUCGACUGUGACAGUUCCGGCGGUGAUCGACGACGACAUCAGCGACAUGGAGCAAGAUGGUGCCAGACAUGCAAGUCUGGAGCGCAUGGAGUAG